AUGAGUUUGGUGUUUUUGCCGCGCUCUCGAGUGACCACCACUUUCGGAUUUGAAGCCGAAGGCAAGGAAGCUGAAGCCGAUGAACAUCUGAUCUUGAUGGUAACCGCUGUGCUCCGAGAUUCCGAGGCCAUUGAAUUUUAUUCUCGAAUGCCAAAGAGUUUUGGUAGGCUAUUCAUCAUGCCUGUUCAUUUUAAUAGUUUUUUUAUUGCUAUUUCCAAUCCGGACGAACAAAAAAUGAGACUUCCAUCUGGUAUUGUCGAAGAGUACAUGACUGUUGUACCUCUUGAGUGUAAGUUUAGUAUGAGAUAUGGUCGAACAUAUUGGGUGAGAAUGGAAGGGAAUGCUGAGGGGGUAUUCUUUGAUAAUGGAUGGUUCCAGUUUAUGGCAUUCGAGAAUAUUAAGAGUGGAUAUUAUCUUUGGUUUGAUCGUAAUAGUCUUACAGAUUUUAUGGUGAGUGUGGUUGAGGAAAAUGCAGUCGAGCGGCCUUUGCGAUAU